AUGGAAGAACCAGUGGUGGAUAAAUUGCUGUCUUUGUGUCAUACUCCAAAGGAUUCUGGGCCAGCACCUCCACAGGGCACUAGUUCAGGGAAACAGCAAAUGAGUGCAGCUCUGAGGGAGAGACUGAGGAAAACAAGACGUUCAUUUAAUGCCAAUUUUAUGGUGGCAAAGCGGCUCAAAAUAGGCACUGAAGAAAAAGCCUGUGCUGCUGCUGCCCCAAGCUGCCUGCCAGAGACAGGUGCAAAUUGUUCCAGAUUACAAGACAGUUCUGAAAACCUGGAAAGCAAUGGCAUGGGACAUACAUGUUUCAAAAGUCCCUUACAGGAGAGUGGUCCCUGUGGAUCAUCACAGAAUUCGGAUGUGCUGCAGGUUGAACUUGGUCAGCGACAGCCCCUGGAAGAAAAAGUAAGGCUGGAGAAACAAGUGCAAGAGAAGGAAGAACUGCUUCGUAGGCUCAAAAUGGUUAAGAUGUAUCGCUCCAAGAACAACCUGUCUGAACUGCAGGCUUUGAUAGUGAAGUGGAGGAGCAGUACCCAGCUGAUGUUGUAUGAGCUACAGUCAGCCUUUUCUGCAGAUGGCAAGAAAGUGAGUCUCACUCAGCUGAUUGAUACUUUUGGAUUAGAAGACCAGUUAUUGCACUACAGCAGAACAGAAGAAGAUUUUGUAGAUGCAUAA